AUGUCGGUCAACACGUCCGAGAAAGUUGUCUGCUAUAUGCCGGGAAUGAUAACAACAAACGGAUUAUGGCAGGGCGACAACCCUUUGAAUUAUUCUCUUCCCUUAUUCAUAUUACAAUUGUCUAUGAUCGUCAUCACCACCCGCAUUCUCUUUUUCAUCUUGAAACCCUUCCGUCAACCACGUGUCGUUGCAGAGAUCCUUGGCGGGGUCAUAUUAGGGCCAUCGUGCCUCGGCCAGAUUCCGGUGUUUGCAACAACCGUGUUCCCAUUGAGAAGUGUGAUGGUCCUCGAGACAGUGGCAAACAUCGGCCUCCUCUACUUCCUCUUCCUAGUCGGAGUCGAGAUGGACCUACUCGUGGUCCAUCGAACCGGAAAGAAAGCACUCGCUUUCGCUAUAUCCAGCAUGGUCCUCCCUUUCGUUCUCGGUAUAGGCUUCUCAUAUAUCGUAGUCAAGGAUUCACAACAUGUGAAUUCAGGCACCUUCAUUCUCUUUCUUGGCAUAUCCCUUUCCGUGACUGCAUUCCCCGUCCUAGCUAGAAUCUUGGCCGAGUUAAAGCUUCUCAACACGGACAUGGGAAAGAUCGCCAUGUCGGCCGCGGUCAUCAUGGAUGUUUUCGCUUGGAUCGUGUUGGCUAUCGCAAUCGCAAUGGCCGAGAAUAAAUCCACCACCUUAGCCACCCUACGGGUGUUAUUGUCGAGCACGGCGUUCGUCUUCUUCUGCAUCUUCAUCAUCCGUCCUCUAUUACAUUGGAUCAUUAGAAGAACCCCGGAAGGAGAAUCCAUUAAAGAAGUAUGGAUAUCCCUAAUCCUCACCGGGGUAAUGGUUUCCGGGUUCGUAACCGAUGCCAUAGGGACACACUCUGUAUUCGGGGCUUUCGUGUUUGGGCUGGUCAUACCAAACGGGCCGUUGGGAUUGACGUUGAUAGAGAAGUUGGAGGAUUUCGUUUCAGGUUUAUUACUUCCUCUGUUUUUCGCCAUGAGUGGACUCAAAACCGACAUAAUGAAGAUCACCGGAGUGCUGACAUGGAUUUACCUAGCACUCGUGAUUGUUCUUUGCCUUGUCGGGAAAGUGGUCGGAACUCUAAUCACCGCUAUGUACUACCAAAUGCCGUUCUAUGAAGGCGUUACCCUUGGUCUUCUAAUGAAUAGUAAAGGGUUGGUGGAGAUUAUAGUGCUCAAUGUUGGCAAGGAUCAAAAUGUUUUGGAUGAUAAAUCAUUUGCUCUCAUGGUGACGGUCGCUAUAGUAAUGACGGCUUCGGUUAUCCCAAUGGUAUCCGCGAUAUACAAACCGACGAGAAGAUCCGUCUCUUACAAACGGAGAUCCAUAGAAACAUCGAAACAGGAUGCGGAGCUCCGUGUUUUGGCUUGCAUACACACUCCUCGAAACGUUCCAACUAUCAUUAGCCUUUUGGAGGCGUCUCAUCCCUCAAAAAGAUCUCCAAUUUGCAUUUACGUACUCCACAUGGUUGAGCUAACCGGGCGGGCAUCAGCUAUGAUCAUAACACACAAUACCCGUAAAGUAGGAAGACCAGCCAUGAACAAUACUCAAGCACAAUCCGAUCAUAUCAUCCACGCGUUUCAAAACUUUGAGCAACACGCCGACAGCGUUUCGGUCCACCCUUUAACUGCGAUCUCCCCUUACUCCACCAUGCACGAGGAUAUUUGUGAAGUGGCUCAAGACAAACGGGUGGCGUUCAUAAUCAUCCCGUUUCAUAAACAACAAACGGUUGACGGAGGGAUGGAUGUAAUGAACCCUGCUUUCCGAACAAUCAACCAAAACAUUCUCAAUAUUUCGCCGUGCACUGUCGGGAUUCUCAUAGACAGAGGGCUUAACAGCUCGGCGAGGUUAGCUGUGGCUGGGCAGACGUCGCAUCAGAUAUUGGUGCUUUACUUCGGUGGUCCGGAUGACCGGGAGGCGCUCGCGUAUGCGUGGCGGAUGUCCGGUCAUCCGGGAAUCACGCUGACGGUGAUCCAGUUCAUCUCCGGUGAUGCGGAGAUGGAAACGGUGUUGGAAUUUUCGUCGGAUAGUGAAAGCCGUAGACUGGAUGAAGAUAGAGAGAAACAGAGAGACAAGGAUUUUGUUAACGAUUUCAGGGGACAGACGGCGAAUGAUGAAUCGGUUACGUUCGUGGAACAAAUGGUGAGUAAUGCGGAGGAAACGGUGGCGGUUAUCAGGUCGAUUGAUGCGGUAUAUGAUUUGUUUAUUGUGGGACGAGGGCAAGGUCCUUUGUCACAUUUGACGGCAGGGUUAACAGAGUGGAGUGAGUGCCCUGAACUGGGUGCCAUUGGGGACUUAUUAGCGUCGUCUGAUUUCCAUGUGGCAGUGUCUGUGUUAGUGGUUCAACAGUACGUAGGUUCGGGGACAAACGAGGAAGGAGGAGGAGGAGGACUAGGAUCGCCGGACGGUCCACAUAGUCCGGUCAGGCAACAGAAUAUGCAUUACAAUAAUUUCGCAGCUAAUGCCGGAAACAACUGGCAACAGCAGCAGCCGCCGCCAAGAAACUAUACGGGCGGCGGCGGCGGGGGAAUCAGUCCUUGA